CAACAAAUAAUCUCAACCCUCGGCGUCGCAGCCUGAUAGCAUAUUGCGCUGUUGCUCACAAAUUCCCAAUCGCUACUUUUCAGAUCAGUUCAUUUUAUCCGUCGCAGAGAGCAAAAAGAUGAGCGGAGUGGGGAAGAAGGUUGUCGACGUGGCAUUCAAGGCCGGAAGGACCAUUGACUGGGAUGGUAUGGCGAAGCUGAUGGUCUCCGACGAGGCUCGCAAGGAGUUUUCCACCCUCCGCCGCGCCUUCGAUGAGGUCAAUACUCAGCUUCAGACCAAAUUCAGCCAGGAACCAGAACCCAUAGACUGGGAGUACUACAGAAAGGGGAUUGGCUCUCGAUUAGUUGACAUGUACAAGAAAGCUUAUGAUGAAGUUAAAAUCCCACAGUAUGUUGACAAUGUCACUCCUCAGUACAAGCCUAAGUUCGAUGCCCUGUUGGUGGAGCUGAAAGAGGCUGAGCAGAUGUCACUGAAAGAGUCUGAGAGAUUAGAAAAAGAAAUCGCAGACGUUCAAGAGUUGAAGAAGAAGCUCAGUACCAUGACAGCUGAUGAAUACUUUGCGAAGCAUCCAGAGCUGAAGAAGAAGUUUGACGAUGAAAUUAGAAAUGAUUACUGGGGCUAUUAGUUUUCCCUUUGCUUUGACUGUUCCUGGGACAACUUUCAGGUCAAACUUUUGGGUUCAAAUCCAAUCAGAAAUAAAGGGAGGAACAAUUUUUAUUUUAUUUUGCCAUUUGAUUUCAUGGGUAUUCUGAAGAUUGUGAAGGAGAAUACAAUCCUUUGGAUGCCUUUGCAGCUUCCAUUGGACAUUUAACUUUGAGUUGAUUAUGGAUCGCGUAAAUUCCGUGUUAAAUUCUUCACUUCAUAAACAUUUGCAUAAAUUUCGGAGAAGUGUCCCUUUCUAUCCAAAUAUAUUCGUAAGCAUGUAAUGUUCCGAGUUUUAACAUGCGAGUCACAUGACAUGCACCACUCUCUUGCUUGUUUUGCAUUAUGAUGUGUGACAUGUUAGAGCAUUUCUUGAAA